AUGAACUCACUCAUGGCUCUCGUUGGCCUCAAUGAGGAUGGGAUGGAAAUGCAGAACGAGGAUGUGAAACCGAAGAUUGAUCCUCUCGUCAAAAAGCCGACCGUGGCCGUCAAUAACACAAUGCAGGCCGUCGCCAACAAGACGCGAUUGAUAAAAAUCAGCCGCCCACCGUUGAGCCGCGAUGUGAAGCCGCAAGAGACGACUCGGGCUACACUCAACCGUCUGAAAAGACCGGCCCAUGACUUCCGAAACUCGACAGAUUCGGGGAGAGCUGCAAAGACGGUGAGGCUCGGCGUACCGAAUCAGCCCAAUCAAGCCAAGUCGUUGGCUCCGUUGGCUUCGAUGAAGACGGGAACGAUCUUGGGAAAUACGCGUAUGCCCCGGGCCACCUCUUACCACCCUCCAGACAUGACUCGACGUGAAGCGAAUCCAUUGCCAGUUGGAGAGGAUGAGCUCAGCGCCGACUAUGCAAUGCGCCUCCUCGACAUCGUACAAGAUGACAUCGAGCAGACCGAGUCGGCCAUCGACCGCUUCAGCUCGCUGCUGAGACGCCAGAUGGAGAAGCCGUACCCGAAUGCGCCAAAGUAUCCGGUUCAAAGUGCAUUGUUCCGACGACACGACAACCACCAUGUUGCUGGCCCGUCGCAGAUGAACCCGAUGAAGGCAGGCAAGGUUCACUGCUACUUCUGCAGCACGGACAUCCCGGCCGCCAAUUAUCAGCUCCACAAGCAGACCUGCGAGCCGCAGCCAUCGAGGAGCCGUUUCCGCUAUAAAGCUUGCCCGAAAUGCGAGCUUUCGUUUGGUUGGCCCACCGACUGGGCGCACCACACGAAGCGCUGCGGGGCUCAGCCUCCUGCCCGAGCGCAGACUACGCUCAAGAACGUGCUGCCCGACCCAGAGGCUCAAUUCAAGGCGGCCCCGAUGAUCGUUGGAAUGGGCACGCGCACGGCGCCUCCCUUGAUGCCAACUGCCGCCCCGACGCCAAUCACCUACCACGACUUGCCGGAACCGGGCGAGGCUGGCAUGAUGUACUGCACCGCCGAGGGAUGCACCGGCACUCUCGAGCCCAAGCUGAUGAAGCUCAAGGAUCAGUUCUUCCGCCGAUGGGGUUGCACAACAUGCCCGUAUCGCUAUUCUCUGGUGAAGCCCACGGAAACGUCGCUUGUUGCGGCCGUCGACGCAUUCCGAAAGCAGAAGAACGCCGACGCGGCCAGCUUUCGCAGCCAGCUGAAGGCGACUAGGGCGAAGGUCGUCGGGCAAACCGUCUCCUCGCUUCGCCGGUCCAAGGACAAGUCAACUUCUGAUGAUGAGCCGCCGACCCUCAAAUCGUACCCAAGCUCGUCGACGCCGGCGCAGAAGGAGCAGCCCAAGUCCGAGCCGCCCGCCAAGCAGCCAAAGAAGGAGGAGAAGGAAGAGGCUGAUGAUUACGACAGCGAGGAGGAAGAGCUGCGUGAUGUUGAGCGCCAGCUGCAGCGAAUCCAGCGCGAGUCUAGCCGCUCGACAGCCAGCCGUAUCUCGCCGACCCCCUCGCAGAUGCUUCAUCGGAGGAAGCUGCGGUUGCUGGCCAAUAGCGUGCUAUCUCGGCCAAGCGAUUUCAACUUCACCAACACCCAGGCCAACCUCCACACGAGCUCAACUGAAAAGGCAAGCCCCGCAUCUCAACUCGGUGCUCUUUUUCACCCAUGUCUCACUAUUUUCCUUCCAAAUGUA